AUGAAGGCCGUUUCCGUUCUCUACCUCGCUGCCAUUGCCACCGCUGCCUCCUCCGUCACCGAGACCACCACCACCGAGGACAACAACGCCAAGUCGUCCGAACAGGCCGCGUCGGCCUCGGCUGCGUCGUCGUUGUCGUCGGCGUCGCUGCUGGCGGAAUCGCUGUUGUCCAAGCAAUCGUCGGAAGCCUCUGCCGGUGCCAAAUCGGGUGAGUCUGCUGCCGAAGCUGCCUCGAAGUCGAUUGUCGAGUCGGCCAAGUCGUUGACCGAGAACUUGGCUUCUGCCACUGAAUCCGCCGCCAAGUCGGCCUCGUCCGAUGCCACCAAGAACGGUGCCGUGGCCCAAGGUCUCACCGGUGGUCUCGUCGCUGCCAUGGGGUUGUUGUUGUUGUGA